GAGGUUUUCUUUUGGACCCUCUUCCUACCGAAGACCCUGAACCUUCAACCACUCCUGUUUUUCUAGAAGAGCCUCAAGAUUCUUACGUUAUUCGCAACAAACCAGCAACUUUAUCUUGUAAAGCCAGGCAUGCACUUCAGGUUUAUUUUGAAUGUAAUGGUCGCCUGGCAGAAAACCGACAGCACAGUUCUCAGCAAUAUGUGAAUCCAAUGACAGGUGUGAGGCAAGUGGAAGUGUCAGUGGAUGUAACACGUGGGGAUGUAGAAAAGAUACUCGCUGGAGAUACUUAUAGUUGCUUCUGUUAUGCUUGGUCUUCCACAGGAAGGAUUAAAAGCAGGAAAGCUGUCAUCACUCUUGCUUGUGAGUAAACAUCUCUUAAAAUACAGUUUUUAAGUUAAUUUCAAGCUUUCAUUUUUUUUAUAAAGAAAUGUUUUUAGGCCGGGAAAGCCUGGUGGGUAGGGUGCUAGACUAGUAAAACGGGGAAUGGUACACGUUAAAUGUGUCGGGUCACAAAGUCUUCCAUGUUCUCAUAACAAAUUAUACCUCUAGGGUACUGGAAUGGAAAUUGAUUGCUCUCUGGUUCAGGUUAAAAUUACGAUCUUUGGAUGAAUUAAUGGAUAUAUGAAUGGGUUUACUCUGUAGACGGAUGUGGUAGAAAUCGAAUUCUUGACUAUAGAUGGCGCCACUGGAAAACAAUUGCACUCCCAGUGCCUUAAUGGCCUACUGCA